CUCUCUCGCUCGUCCUACAUGAGCCACACACAACAGUGCGCCUGACUCUUAACUCCACACUAGCCACUCUGCUACACAGACAGACCCAAGAAUCACACUCUGCUCUCCUCUGUUGCACUGCUUUUGCUUCUCUCCAUUGGAUAUUCCUCCUCGGGUGUUUUUUUAUUUAUUUAUUUUUGUGAAUGGGCAUCCGUGGCCGGUGUGAGGAGCUUGUGAAUGGACUGACUUUGCGCGGCUGACUGAUUGACAGACUGGCAAAGAGAGAGGCAGCUGUGUUUCAAUUAGAGAGGGCAAUGCUGAGAGGUCAAGCGAGGAGCAACAGAGCCUCUUAGUAGUCUGGAAAUACAAAGACACGUGAGGGGAAUCAAGAAACUGAAGGCACGACAAGCAGCAACGACAGAGAGAGGAGAAUGGUUCAUCACAGACAAGAGGAUCUGAUCGGGAUCCCCUUCCCGAAUCACAGCAGUGAUGUCCUCUGCAGCCUCAACGAGCAGCGUCGUGACGGCCUGCUCUGCGAUGUCAUCCUCAUCGUCCGCGACCAGGAGUACCGCACCCACCGCUCCGUCCUGGCCGCCUGCAGCCAGUACUUCAAGAAGCUCUUCACAGUGGCCACAGGUAACGGUGGGGAUCAUCAUCACACAGCGGCCGUGUACGAAAUCGACUUUGUGGCUCCAGAGUCACUCACGGCGAUACUUGAGUUCGCCUACACUUCAACUCUGACUGUGACGGCGUCCAACGUUAAAGAGAUCCUGAACGCAGCUCAGAUGCUGGAGAUUCCCUGCAUCAUAAAUGUUUGCCUGGAGAUAAUGGACAGCGGGGGCGGAGGCGGCGGAGGUGGAGGAGAGAGAGGGGAGGAGGGAGAAGAGGAAGAGGAGGAUGCGGAGGAAGACGAGGAGGAGGAGGAGGAAGAGGAAGAUGAAGAGGAGGACGAGGGGUCACGGAAGGACGAGCAGGAGGACGAGGAGGACAAUGUCAGCGAGAGGUCGCUGCAGUCGUCGGAGAGCAGGGGGGAGCAGACACCUCCGGGGACGGAGGACUCGCCGCCUCCUAGCACCUCCACGUACCACCAGCAGUUUGACCUGCACAGAGAGUCGUCGCAGUCACAGUCUCCGGACACCAUGAGAGGAAAACAGGAGAGUAUGGAGAGUCGGGUUUUGAAGGAUUUCUCCAUCGAGUCUCUCCUCCAGGAGGGGCUGUACCCCCGCAUGUCAACACUGGACAGGAGGACCAACUUCUCUCCUCUCCUCCCCGGCUUCUACCCCUCCAUGUGGGCCACCGAGUUCCCGUCCUUCCCCAAGCAGCUCCUGGACCCCAGCCACCACCAGCAUCCCCACGCCGGAGCCUCGCCGCAAACCAGGCUCCCCCACUCCUUCCCUGCCUCUGCACCGCUCGAGGCCUCCAGGCCCCUCGAUCUAGCUGUGAAAAGAGAGAUCAUAAAGGAGGAGAUGAAAGAGGAAAUCCCGCUCAGUCUGCUCCACGGCAACUUCCUCAAGGAGUUUGUCAACUCGGGGUUGAGCAGCACUAUGAACGCUGGGUCGGUUCCAUCAGAAGGUCACGCUCUAGCUCCAAUAAAGGAUGAAGCUGACUUCCGGUCGUACCUGAGCUUUCUAAGCUCUGCAUCCCACUUGGGGUCGCUGUUCCCUCCCUGGCAGCUGGAGGAGGAGAGGAAGAUGAAGCCCAAAGCAUCGCAGCAGUGUCCGAUCUGCAACAAGGUCAUCCAAGGAGCAGGGAAAUUGCCACGACACAUGAGGACACACACGGGAGAGAAACCGUACAUGUGCACAAUCUGUGAAGUCCGAUUCACCAGACAAGAUAAACUCAAGAUCCACAUGAGGAAGCACACAGGUGAGCGCCCCUACAUCUGCCUCCACUGCAACUCAAAGUUUGUCCACAACUACGACCUGAAGAACCACCUGCGUAUCCACACGGGAGUCCGUCCAUACCAGUGCGAGCACUGCUACAAAAGCUUCACACGGUCCGACCACCUACAUCGACACAUCAAGAGGCAGAGCUGCCGCAUCUCCCGCCCCCGGCGAGGACGGAAACCAGCUGCUUGGCGGUCCACAACCACCAGCAACUUCCUGUGCCCCCCCACUGCUGCCACCAACCGGUUUGAGGAGAACGGGUUAAGCCCUGCGUACCAGGGAGUCAAGAGUCACGGACUAGGGGAGAUGCUCAGCAACAGGGGUCUGGGAUUUAAGAGCGGGGAUGGUGUGGGAAGGGAGAGCAGGGAGGAACGGCAAGCAGAGGGGAAGCACGUCGCAGAGGAGGAGAAGGCAGGAGCAGGGAGGCAGAGGGGAGUGUUUGCUUUUGCUCUGGCUGGAGAAGAAGUGCUUACCCACUCUCCAUUUUAUGCUGCGACCUCUGACCCCUGGACCAUGAGACUGGAGCGUGCUCCACCCAUCCCUGAGCCGGCCAAAUGAGCCGCGGUCUGUAGAAGUAAAAAGGACAAGAAAGAAAGUCUCUUUAAUCUCUGUGUCUGUUCUGCUCCAGGAAUCUAAAGCACCUUUUUAAAAAAAAUGAAAGUGAGAUCAAUGAACCGUUUGAAGCCUGCUGAUGUGGCAGUGGGAGUCUAAUUAAAUAAUUUCACAGAUGUCAUGUUGAAUAAUUGUUUACAAAUAUUUUGAUAGCAUUUAAAAAGAGGCAAACAGUUUGACACUGCUAAAGAGGAAAACAAAUCUGAAUGCUGUUAUAUAUAUUAUUUGCAUUAUUUAUCUGCAAGGUUGUCAAAAAUGCUAUCAAUUCAAAAACUACAUAAUUCCUCUGAAGCAAGAUGGGAUGAGGCUUUUAUACUGACAAGUAUUUAUAUGCAAGAAAAUAUAAAUCUAUGAACUGACACCUUUUGUUACAAUGUUGAAUUAGUGACUAUGAUGAAUGUAAAACAAAUGAUAAAGGAAAAUGGUUUUUAAAACAUUUCAGUCUCACAAGGAGAAAUGGAGUUGAAAAUAAGUAGUAAAAUUGAAAUAAUUUCAUAAACAAGCCUUUAUCCAAACAAGGGCCAUUUUUAUUUUGCAUCGUUGAGUUUAAGUGUUUCAGAGGACCAGUGCUUUCAAAUCUAACAUUACAAAUUGUUUAUUAUAGCAGGGCAUAGUCUGGCACACGUCCUGUAAGUAUGUCCAAUCCUUACGUGGUUAUCUAAUGAUAUCCCAAAACAAAGGGAACCCACUUGAAGUUAAACAAAUCAGGACAUUUGAUAAUGUGUUAUUAUCCUUUCACUGCCUUGUUCUGAUUUAAGCUCCUCGUCUGCACUAUUGUACAUAGACUUUUUGGCCAUGGUGGUGUUAAUUACGGUUGCAUUGCUGUAAAAAAAAAUAAAAAUAAAUAUAUAUUGAUCUUAAAAGGCAUCCAUCCAAAGAUGUGUACUUUGAUAUUUCACAGACUUGAAUAAGACUUUGUUUUAAUGUUUAUGAAUAUGUGUCUUCAGAGGAUGUAUAUUUCUGACUAAUCAAACUGCCGCUUCAGCAAAACAGUAUGCUUGUGUUUUCUCUGCUGCAACAAAUCAAGAGGGUUUCAGCCCCACUUUUCAUAUAAUGUUCAUCUCUGAUUUGUGUAUAAAGAAGUUCGAAAAUGAUUUGAAUUGAAAUGGGAAAGUAUUUUCUUGCUAUUUAUGCAUAUUUAAAUGAAUGAGCCUUGGCUAUAUUUUGCAAAUCUGUUUUAUAAAGACACUAAAUGUUGAA